AUGGUUGAGAAAGGUCCUGCCACCACCACUGCUCGUUCCAGGCAAUCUCCGCGGAUCCUGGUGGUAGACAUCCAUCCUCCCCAUUGGGACAACACCUGCCGCAAACUCUGUGAAGCCUUGGAAAAUGUCUUCUGCUUAGCCUGCAGCUUGACAGGCUCAUCCCGCAUCCCUUCAUUCAGCCUCUAUGUGGUCCAAAACCAGCAGGAAUGCCUGCUGCCCUUCGUGGCUCUUAAAGGAGGCUUCCCUCGGCUCCAGAGCUGCUUUGCAGAGCUUGGUGCCUUGCCGAAAGAAGGGGUGGUCCAGCCCAAAGAAGAGGCUGUGGUUCAAGCGGUGCUGGAUGGACUGCAGCAGUUCAAACAGUACACCGGUCAAGGUAUGGCCGGAGCCUGUCUGAACAGCUCUUCUGUGGAGAUUACAAUCCUGACUAGCCAGCCCAGCAGGAAAAUAGCCAACCAACUGGAUGCUGGAUUGCAGGGCAUUGACCUGGUUAGCCUCCACCAACUACAGGUGGUUGAGGUUUCUCAGCGGGCAGAUCAGGAACUCCCUGGGGCACAGUGGGACGGAGAAGUAUCCAGCGGCAGUGGGGAGAGCACAACAAUCUUGAACACAGAGGUUGAUUUACACACUGUGGAGAACAACGUGGUAGCCUUAGAGGACUUUUUCAAAGCCUGGUUGCAUGACCACGCUCCAGAUCAAGAGCAUCUUCAUCUCCUCCUGCCUGCCGGGACCACCGGCCACUCUGGGGCACCCAGCAACAAUGCAGCCUGGCUGAAGUGUGAUGUCCAGGAAAGAUUUCUCAGCCCCGCCCAGCUUCCUGCCGCUUGUGAGGGUGGAACAGCAGGAGCGGACAACGCUGCCGGUCCAUUCUGGAUGGCACCCGGCCUGGCCCCGCGCAGACUGAGAGUCCUCAGAGCGCUGGAAGCCGAUGGAGUCUGUGCAUCGGUGCUUUUUGGUCUCCCUCUGGUCGUAAGGCCCACAAACUGUUGGCAGCUGAGCUGGGAUGAACUGGAGACCAACCAGCAGAAUUUCCAAGCCUUCUGCCACUGCCUACGAAAGCGGAAAUGGCUGCUGCUUGCCAAAUAUGAGGCCUGGGGUGGGCCAGAUCUCAGCGGGGGCCUCUCAGCCGGCUCCUUCCAGGUCCUGCUACCCUCGGACUCCGGCACCCUGCUGCUGCGCCCGUUGGUGGGCCGAGAGCUGCUGCUGCCUUGCAGCUUCCCUCCCCUCCCUGCUGACCUGCCUGAAGCAGCGCUCGCUAAAAUGGAGGGCAUCCUUGGCAGCCUGGAGUUUGAGGCAAGCUACGAUCCCCUGCGGGCGACCAGUUAUUUGUACCAGGCCCUGAAGAGGUACCUGGGCCGCCUGCCCGCCACCCGGGUUCAGCGCUGGGCACCAAGGCAGUGGCCCCGCCAGGUACCAAGGGGCACGCGACACGGGGAAGGGCGGGGGGCAAACAUGGGCCCAGCAGCAAGGAACCAGCAGCAAGGAACUCCAACAUGGCUGCUUAAGAGGGCAAAGGUGCCAGCCACCCCCCCGCUCCCCACCCAGAAAGGGCUCUGCCCAAACCCCUGGGGCGCCCCAAUAGCAGGAAGGGCAGGACCUCCUCCCCAGGGGGGGCGCGUGCAUCCCAGCAGGGCCAGGGCCACAGUGGCCCCGCUGCAGGUGGCCCUCUCGCCUGCUGGCUCCGGCAGCCUCCCCCUUUCUCCAAGCCGAGGAAAGGCCACCCCGGAGUCCGAGAUGUAGCAGCCUUCGGAGCGCCUUGACUU